AUGGAGUCUCUGUGGAAAGUUCUUGAAUCUGUGCAGGUGUACAAUGAGCAUAGAACGCAGCUUGUGCCUUUGGUCGAGUCAUACCAUGUUCCAUUUGCGCUGCAUGUAUUUCAUGCACAAGAAAAAUUGCAUAAUGGAGAACGGGAACAAGGCGUCGAGCUCAUGUGGAAACACUUGCAAUUCGCUAAUCGUAAGGCAAAAGAAACGUCUACGUCCAAUAUUUGGCAAACUCGCGCCAUUCGAGUCACUCUGCUAUUAGCCUCUUUGCUGAUUGAGAGAGAUGAAAUAUCGGCAGCUGAUACCUUGGUGCAAAGCCUUGUUGUGAAGCUAGAUGCUUCAAAUGCCAAAGACCCUGUCUUGUCGCUUGCCCUGGCAAGACUAUUUUGGGAAAUCGGUGAUCAUAAGCAAGCUAGCGCCAUGCUAAAUUGUGCAAGGUCUUCUUCAGUUUCGGAGCAGCACGAUAUGCAUGCAGCAUUAGUUCAUCAUUGUGUUCUUGGCGAGUAUUUGAAUCAACCGCACAUGGAACCUACAGCUCUAUCAACAGUGAAAGACUUUGAAUCUUCACACGUAUGCCAAUCACUUACAAAUACGAUGUCUAUGGAAGCAUUCUUCCAAGGUCAGAUUGGAGAAAGUAUUCGCAUUCUCGAGCAACUCUUACACGCACAUCCCACCACAUUUGCAACAUCAUCCUCACUUGCAUCCAACUUACUCACACUUCAUUCUCUGAGCUCUAACGAUGUCAAGGAAGAGAAACAACGUGUUGUUCGAUUCCUUGUUCAAUGGGCUGGUGAUGACCCAUCAUGUGUACAUCCGCGUUAA